AUGACCCUUCGCGGCAGCAGCAACAGCAGCUCCUCCGACGGACAGCGCCAUGGCUCGACUGGUGCCGACUCGACGAGAAGCAACGACACGAUCAGAGGGCCCUUUGGCAGCUUUAGCUCGGUGAUACUGGCACCGCAGAAGCUGCACAUCAAUCGACAGAAACUCGAACGGCAAGAUUCACAAGAGGUCUCGCCCAGCACCAUCGUCCCUAGAUCGGCGCCUCAGAAUGCUCGCGCCAGCAAUGCGCGCGUCGACAUCACACCUUGGGAAGACACCACGCCGACCUCCCACCAGAACAUUCCUUCGAUCAGUCGACAUCCACCAACUGCCAACUCCGCUGCGCAUACGAUGACACCCUGGGGUAGUAACGACGACAACAACAACAACAACAACAACAACGACAAUGAUCGAGCACCGCAAAUGCCGCAGUCAGUCUUCAGCGGCAGCUUCUACAACGACUCCACCGAAGACCUGGGCCAGGUAUCGCCACGAUUUACGCCAGGAGGUGCAAUGGGGUUCCCAGGUGACAGUGAAGAUCGAAGGCCGUCAAUAGCUAGUGCAACGACUGUCUCGUCGAUAGGUUCAGCGAAGAAUAGUAUAAGUGGGCGCAUGCAUAAGAAGCUGCAAGGUUUCUUUGGUGAGGAUCCUCGUGAUGCUAUUUCUGAUGGGCCGAGUAGUGGCAGCAGGCAGAACUCGGAAACGAGCUCGAUGCUUCAUGGGCAACUGCCGCCCUUUGCGCCUGGCGGUGGAACUGGCGGGAACCGCAACAACUCCAUGAACGAAGCGAUGAUGCGCAGUGGCCCUCCGAGUCCUUCAAGUGGGUCACGACCCAGAACGCCAGCACCUCAGCCGAGCAGUGAAGUCACGCCAUGGAUAUAUCAGGAUGCAGAGAAUGCGCCUCCCGGCACAAACAACUCGUUCUUUCCUGACCAGUCUUCCAAUGGCCGCACGGCGAAGAACUCGACGGCAUCGCGCCUGCACUUGCCAGGACACAGGCACAAUCGUAGUACUGACGAAAAGCACAGCACUGGCUUCCCACUGCGACCUUCAACCAGCCGCGAACAGUCAUUCAAUAUCAUGCGCCGUGGAGAUGGUGAUCAACGCUCGGCGAUGUCAUCAGCCCUGAAUUUGAAAGCUACAAGAUCCACAAGUCCUGCCCCAAGCGCACAUAGUACCCAAAGUCAGCAAACGCAUCAGCAGUCGCCCAGUGGUGCCGGCCAUAAGAGGUCCAUCUUCGAUCGAGUCACUGGUCGCCACAAGAACGAUCGAGCCAGACCAGAGACGCUGCAAUCCAAUUCAGUCACAUCGUUACCCACACUACAGCCUGCAAUCACCAAACCUCGCUCUGACAGUAAAUCGGUGGGGCCAUCCAAGCCAAGAGGCAGCAAAGGAGACAAUGCCAAUGGCGCAGCAGCUGCGACACAGAAGAAGGAGCAUAGCCGGCUGCCUUUCAAGAGUAAGAAGACUACCGACAAUGCGGCGGACUUCAAUAGAAUCAAGGACCCCAAUGCACCACACGAUCCGGCCGCUGAUGCAUUAUGGCACCUCGAUACGGACAUGUCACAUAUGGAGGGCAUUAUUGAUCACAGACAACCACCGAUGACCCCUCCAUCUAACGAAAUCUACACUGGGUGGCCGCCCGAACAGCCUCAGCCGGAAGCCCAGAGCGAAGAGAAGGGUGCUUGGGAUGCACCAGAGAGCUGGGCGGUCAGCAAGAUUGCCGACGAGAAUAUGCGCAGGCUAACUGAGCUCGAUGAGCUUGGAGAUGUACCAAGGGAUGAUGAUCCAGGUCCAAUGUUCUUUAUGCGAAUCUUUCGAGCUGACAGCACCUUUGCCGUCAUAUCUGCGAGUCUGAAUACCACCGCCGCUGAACUCAUCUCGAUGAUGGCGAAGAAGACGUUCCUGCAAGACGAGCUCGACAAGUAUCAAAUUGUGAUGCGCAAGCAGGAUACAAGUCGUCAACUGUCUCCUGGCGAGAGGCCGCUGGUCAUGCAGAAACGCCUGCUGGAAAUGGUAGGCUAUCAGCAGAACGACAAGCUCGAUGAGCUAGGCCGAGAGGAUCAUGGCUAUCUCUGUCGAUUCACCUUCUUGCCAUCCAAGAUGUCCGGAUACUCUAGUCUGGAACGGGAUCCUGGAUUCAACAAGAUGCAGCGGUUCAAUCAUAUCGAUCUAUCUGGACGAAAUCUGAUCACAAUACCCAUCACACUGUACCAAAAGGCGACCGAAAUCAUCACUCUCAAUCUAUCACGAAACCUGACACUUGACGUACCAAAGGACUUCGUCCAAAGCUGCUCGCAAUUGCGUGAGAUCAAGUUCACGAGCAAUGAAGCAUGGAGGCUGCCACCAAGUCUGUCACUAGCCAACAGGCUUACCACCUUAGACGUUUCGAACAACAGGUUGGAACAGCUCGAACACGCCGAGCUGAACAAACUGCAGGGUCUGCUGAGUCUGAAGCUAUCGAACAACAUGCUCACCUCAGUGCCUUCAUCCUUUGGUGCAUUUCGUGCACUGCGAAGUCUGAAUCUUUCUUCCAACUCUCUGGUGGAGUUUCCAGCGCCACUUCGGGAGCUGACUACGUUGGUGGACCUGGAUGUUAGCUUCAACUCGAUCGCUACAUUUGGUGACAUCUCGACGCUUACGAAUCUGGAACGACUAUGGGCAACGAACAACAGACUGUCAGGACCCUUCGAUCCAUCCUUCUGCGCCCUUGAGAAUCUGCGCGAGAUCGAUGCCCGCUUCAACGCGAUAUCUGACAUCAACGUCAUAUCACAGCUCCCGAGGCUGGAAGCCCUCAUGCUUGGCCACAACUCUGUUUCGCAGUUUGAGGGCACGUUUCACUGUCUCAAGGUUCUGUUCCUUAAUCACAACCCAGUGACGAACUUCGAUCUGAACAUGCCUGUUCCGACCUUGUCCGUCCUGAACCUGGCGUCGGCCAAGUUGUCUCGUUUGCCGGAUGCACUUUUCAUGAAGAUUCAAAAUCUCACGAAGCUUACCAUCAGUAAGAACCACUUUGUGUCGUUGUCUCCGCAUUUUGGAUUGUUGUCAAAGCUGGAGUAUCUCAGCAUAGCGAAGAACGAGCUCAGCCGGCUACCUGCAGAGAUCGGUCGCUUGACCGAGCUGCGAUACCUGGACGUCAGAGAAAACAACCUAGGCCUUCUGCCACCCGAAAUUUGGUUCGCGAAACGUCUGGAGACUCUCAAUGUAUCUUCAAAUGUGCUGGCAGACUUUCCCAAGCCUGGGGCUCCUCUCCCACCUCUGCCAGAGACAAACUUUAUCAUGACACCCAGCCAGAUACCCAGCACAAGUCCGGAGUUCGAGGAACUCGGUAGACUCGAAGACUUCCAACUCCGUCGACCUAGCCAAGCUUCCAGCGGCCUUAGUAGUGCUGGCUCGCCGUCAGGCACGGCGUCGCGGAAGGGGUCAGUGGUCUCAUACAAUUCGGCGAAGACGCCGAGCGUCGGACGCACCAGCACGGCCAGCAGUGCAGGCACCAUCACACCCACAGGAGCAUCGCGAAAAGACUCAACGCUGUCCGGUAGACUCGCAGCAACGUUCUCGACGUCUCUCCGACACCUCUUCCUGGCCGACAAUCGACUCGAGGAUGACGUCUUCAAUGAGCUUGUACUGCUUCCGGAGUUGCGUAUUCUCAAUCUGUCAUACAAUCAGCUGUAUGAUGUGCCACCUCGUACCAUCAGGAAAUGGACCUACUUAACCGAGCUCUAUCUGUCCGGAAACGAUCUGACAUCGAUUCCGUCCGAGGACUUCGAAGAGAGCUCGUCGUUGAAAGUGCUUCAUCUCAACAAUAACAAGUUCCAGGUACUGCCUGCCGAGCUUGGCAAAGUUCAAAGGCUGGCAAUUCUAGAUGUCGGCAGCAAUCUCCUGAAGUACAAUGUCUCAAAUUGGCCGUAUGACUGGAACUGGAACUGGAAUCGACAACUGCGGUAUCUCAAUUUGUCCGGCAACAAACGUCUAGAGAUAAAGCCAAGCUCGCAAACAAACAAUGGUAGAGAUCAGCGCGACCUGACUGAUUUCUCCUCGUUGAUCAACCUUCGUAUUCUGGGCUUGAUGGACGUGACAUUGACCAUUCCCUCCGUGCCAGAUCAGGCACCCGACCGGCGUGUCCGGCUUGCUGGCUCUGUCAUCGGCAACACGAUGCCUUAUGGGAUGGCGGACACUCUUGGGCGGAACGAGCACUUGUCGACUCUGGAUAUGGUAGUCCCGCGCUUCCGUGGGCAUGAGGAUGAAGCACUCAUUGGUCUUUUUGAUGGGCAGUCACUGUCUUCUGGAGGCAGCAAGAUCGCCAAAUUUCUGCACGAGAAGUUCAAGCAUUACUUCAUCGAGGAGAUCGAGAAGUUGCCACAGGACGAGACCCCUCUCGAUGCUUUACGCCGAACGUACCUGGGCCUCAACAAGGAGCUCGCUACAGCCGCUAAUCAAGGCAUCGACGCCCGAGACCAUGCGAGCAGUGCCCUUGUCCAUCGCGGCAGCAUCUCUGGACCCGAGCUUGGUGACGAUGACCUGAACUCUGGCAGUACUGCGACCGUCAUGUACCUGCGCGGCAUGGAGCUGUACAUGUCAAACAUAGGCGACGCACAGUGCCUUCUCAUACAGUCCGAAGGUAGUCACAGAGUCAUUACGCGCAAACACGAUCCUGCUGAAGCACCGGAACGGCAACGCAUUCGAGAAGCUGGUGGCUUCGUGUCAAGACAAGGAAAACUCAACGACCAGAUUGAUGUCUCCAGAGCUUUUGGAUUCGUCCAACUGACUCCCUGCAUGAUCGCAGCGCCGCAUGUCAGCAGGAUAGACAUCAAAGACUCCGACGAGAUGAUUCUGCUAGCUUCGCGAGAGCUAUGGGACUAUCUGACGCCUGACUUCGCUGUCGAUGUUGCUCGGCAAGAGCGGAGCGACUUGAUGCGCGCUGCGCAGAAGCUACGUGACCUCGCCAUUGCGUUUGGUGCGACAGGCAAAAUCAUGGUGAUGAUCGUGGGGGUCAGCGACCUCCGAAAGAGAGAGAAGGCACGCUUUAGGACCCAUAGUAUGAGCAUGGGUCCUUCAGGUUCGCCUGAUGACUACUUCACGACUGUACGCAAAGCCAAGCGUGGAAGGGAUGCCGUUGGAGAUCAAAAGCUUGCACGUCUCGACCAGGAGGUCGACGCUCCUACUGGCGAAGUCACACUCGUCUUCACAGACAUCAAGAACAGCACGAUCUUGUGGGAGACAUAUCCCAUCGCCAUGCAGUCCGCAAUCAAGAUGCACAACGAGGUCAUGAGACGACAUCUGAGAAUCAUUGGGGGAUAUGAAGUGAAGACCGAAGGCGAUGCCUUCAUGGUCGCUUUCCCCACUGUCACCAGUGCUCUAUUGUGGUGCUUCACUAUCCAAAGCCAGCUGCUUGAAGUGCAGUGGCCGCAAGAGAUUCUCAACAGCGUACACGGCGAGGAGAUGCAAGACGCCGACGGGAACACCAUCUUCCGAGGUUUAAGCGUUCGUAUGGGUAUACAUUGGGGACGACCAGUGUGCGAGAUCGACCCAGUCACCAAGCGCAUGGACUACUUUGGCCCCAUGGUCAACCGAGCAGCAAGGAUUGAGAGUGUGGCAGAUGGAGGUCAGAUCUGUGUAUCCUCCGACUUCAUCCAGGAAGUACAGCGAAUGCUCGAGAGCCACAUCGAAUCUGAUCGUACUGGCUCAACCGGCUCAGAGGACACCCUUAGUGACGAUGUGCUCAGCCAGACGAUCCGCCGCGAACUCCGCUCCCUCAGCAGCCAAGGCUUCGAAGUCAAGGACCUAGGCCAGCGGACACUGAAGGGACUUGAAAACCCAGAGUACAUCUACUUGAUGUACCCGCACUCCCUCGCAUCACGUUUGAUCGUGCAACAGCAAAAAGCAGAGGCGGAGAGCCGAAUGCAGCAAGAGUCGCAAGCGAAGAAGACGCAGAACAGCCAGCUCACCAUUGACACGGACAAUGUCUGGGAUCUCUGGAAUGUCAGUCUUCGCCUGGAAAUGCUCUGCAGCACUCUUGAGAACACAGGCGCGCGCAGCUUACGGAACCCGGAGACGGCACUGUUGGAGAAGAUCAAGAAUGGUGGUGGAGAAAUCACAGAUCGCUUCCUCGUCAACUUUGUCGAGCAUCAGAUUAGUAGAAUUGAGACUUGUGUUACGACGCUGGCAGUGAGGAACAUGGUCAAGCCGUUCAAGAACGGCAUUCUGAACCAGGCCUGCCCGAUGCUGGACAUCCUCGGUGACCUCGGGUCAAAGCUGGAAGAGUUGAAGAGUCUGAGAAGUCAAGCGGAAGAGCAGGAAUUUGAGAUGGCGCCCUCCUAA